AUGCAUCGCGUGGCUGAGGAGAUCGUGCAGGUUGUCUCUCCCCGGCCCGCUGGAGGGUCGGCCUCUCUAGCUCCUGUUUCGGGUGAGGAGGGAAGCGCGACGCUCGCUGAGUCUCCGUCGCGCCGCCCCCCUGUCCCGGAAAACCCGCAAAUCCUUUUCUGCCCACCUUCUCUCGUUCAGCCUUCCCGCUCCUUCGGUCUGCAGGCCGCAGAGCGCGCAGGCGCCGUCGGUAGAGAAGACGCGGCGGCUACGCUAGCGUUUCCUCAAGGGCUUGUGCGCCCAAGCGCAAGGCCCACGGAGGCCGAGCGCGCUGUAAGAUCUGCGUUUUUCAGUCCUUAUCCUCUGUCAAAGAGGAGCGAGUCGGAGACGCAGUUCGUACGGCAGUCUGCCCUCUGUGGGGCGCGGGAGGAGACCGCAGAUCGUGAAGAGAGGACAGAGGCGGGCGGCUAUCUGGAAGUCACGACUCGGGCCUUGCCCCGCUGUGUGUCGAUGGGAAGCGAGGCCAAAGGGAGGAGACGCGAAGAACUCUACGCGGGUGGCGAGAGCGCGCGCGCCGCGGGAAAAGACUUCGCCUCUCUCCGGCACGCGCUGCUUCAGCAGUCGGAGGAUCUGCGCAUGCAGUUGGGUGCUUUAGAUCGGGCCGAAAAAGAGGCGGAAGCGCAGCGAAAGGCGAGUGAGAAGCGCGAACAGACGCUUCUCCUGGCGUACCAGGGGCUGAAGAGGAAAUACAAGGCGCUGGUGAGAGACUUCGCCUUCAACCGCCGCCUUCUCCAGUCGCGAGACGAGGAACUGGACCGCGUCGAGCGCUACGCGUUUUCGCUUCUCAGCGAAAUGGAAGAGAGGAAGAAGGGAAUUGAGGAGGCAGAGCAGCGGAGAGCGGCCGAGGAGAGAGAGAAGCAGAGACAAGCAGUGCGCGAGAAGAAGAGACAAGCAGUGCGCGAGAAGAAGAAACAGGAGGCGCGCGAACGCGAGCGACAACGACACGCGCGGCUCCGCCUCAGGACGUGGGGCGUCUGUUUGCAGGUGCGCGAGAAGGCCAAGGAAGAGCGAGAGGAAAUGGCGAGGGAGAUGGAAGCGAGACUCGUGCGGCUCCAGGACGCACACGACGAGGAGGUGCACAGACAGCGGGAGGAGGCUGAGUGGCAGCGCGAACUGCUGCUCAAGGAAGCGGAGAAGAAUGCGCGACGGAAUCUGGACAACUUGCUCUCGAAAGUAACCGAGAGCGAAGACGCGCGACAGAAGCUGACGCAGACGCUGAAGGAUCGCGAAGAUCAGCUGCGCGCCGCAGAAGAGAGGGCGGAAGCGAGCGACGUGGCGCUCGCGCUCCUCGAGGAGGAAGUCGCUCACCUACGACGCGAGUGCGAGCACGAGCGCGGAGUCAGGAAGAACCUGGCGCUCGAAAAAGACAGAGAACUCGAGCGCCUGGCAGCCGAGCACGCACAGGAGAUCCAGAUCCUCAAGCAACAGAUGGCAGAACAGCACGAAGAGCACUUGGCAGCUUUCGCAGAGGCUCGAGAGCGCCACGCGAGAGAGCUUCAGGCGCAGAGCGGGGCUGCCGACGAAGCGAGCAAAAGGCAGGCACAAGACGCAAAGAGAGACCGCAACGAGGCAGACGAACGGCGACCGGUGGGCGACACCCAAACUUCGCAGCGCUGGCCGGCGACAGAUGAGAACGAAACGCGGGAAGCAAUCCUGAAAGCAUCCGAGCACGAACGCGCCUCUACCCUCAGUCAAAGAGAUCACGUGCCCCAGCAGACGCGAUGGGACCUCGAGAGACAGCUCGAGGAUGUCAGGAAGAAACUUGAGCAGCGAGAGGCAGAACUGGCUCUGGCCGUCGAGAGUCGCGUCCUCGCCGCGGAGGCGCUUCAGCAGUUUCGACUGUUCCACGGAGACACCGGCCAGCGCAGCGAGUCCUUCGUCGAGCGUGGAGCGCGCGCGUCUGAUCCAGCUUCGCGCGCUUCUCCGCUCCAGUCCCUGCCUUCGCACGAGUCUCGCUCGGUGGGUUCUCCCACUGCGAAAGACUCGCAGCACGCAGGCGGGCCACGCAAUCCACAAGCGGCGAGCACAGGUGGAAGAGCCGCGGAGUGUCUCCGUGCGGGUGCGGUGGACGGGACCGGUGCCGAGCGCUCCGCGGCCUCUCUGAAUGCUGAGGGAGGCGAGGAACAGCAGGGGAAGGCCGCUCUGUUUCCCGGAGACUUGGGCUCGAUCCACGUGAGCCCUCUUCAACUGUCUCCUGUCGCCGAGACCACCCGUCUCGCUCCGUUCGCGCAAGGCGCGCCCCUAUGCCUGCCUUCGCCGCGCUUCGGCAAAGGCGAGAUAGCCGAAGAGAGCGAACAGGCGCCGACCCUCCGACAGAUGGUCUGCGCAGCUUGGCAGGCACUCGCGAGGAAGAAGCCAAGAGACGCAGGGGAACGAAGUCGAAGUUGCCUCCCUCGAAUCGCACAGUUCGGGGACGAAGCAACACCGAGGCGGAGAGAGACAGGAGAUUCCUGGCGCGUCCCGGAGCGAGAAACCGACGUGACAGACGAGGACGUUGUGUGGAUCCUCCAGACUCUCCUCGGCGAAGUCGCAGAGCUGGAGGCUGCGCUUCAACCGCUCCAGAGACAGUUGCUAGCCGCCACGGCGGCCACGGUUACGCUGCAGAAGGAGCGCGACAAGUUGAUGGAGAUCACGAAUCGCCAGUGCAGUCGUCUUCACCGUCUUCGCGAGUCGCCUCCGUCUUCAUUCCUGGCAAGAUGUGGCUGCUCUGUUGACGGAGCAGAUCAGCGAGACGCCGCGAGCGAGAAGCCUUGUGUCGAAAGUCUAGAGAGCCGAGGAGCGGGGUGUGGAGAGGGGUGCGAUGUGGAUGAGCGGAGAGAGCAUGAGAUGGCGGGAAGUCGAGAAGAAAUUCGGCAGAGAUCCCCUUGUACCCCGCCGUCGUCUGCCAUCGCCUCUGCCAAAUCUAACGGAGGCGUCUACAGAGAAAAGAAUGCAAAUGCAAGUGUGCUGCGUUAUCCUAGCCUCGUGGAGGGCGCUUCUGGGGCGCAUGAAGGAAACCAGAAUACUAGAGUUCUUGAGUUUCCUCCGGAAGAAGAAACUGGCGUGGAUCUCAAGAGAGAGUGUGGGCAGAGGCAAAAGCGUGCGGUUGUCUGUGCACGCGGGCCCAUUACGAAUGCGCCGCUCAUGUGGAUCGUACAGCGUCAGCACAUGAGCGAAAACAAAAACUCCGACGGAAAGCAGUGCGACUGA